UGAGGUCACGCGGGGAGGAAUGAUUGGAACAGGAGCAAUCCGAGCGAAGUCUUAUGAAAUACGAACUGUGGUGAUUUUUGUACAGUAGAAGUUUCCUAACAAGGUCUAAAGUAAAAUGUUUCUACCCUCCCCAAAACAAUCCCCCUCUUAAAGCUGUACACGUGGGAAGUAACCGGGUUCGGGACCUUAGACUCUUGACAAAUACAUCGGCAAAUUUUAUAUGAAAAGAAAUUUUGACGGAAACAAACUAAACUAUUAGCGGUCGGGACAUAUGUGACGGAUAUGCUUUCAUACGGGCUGUCGAAAAACGCUGAAAAGUACCAACAGAGGGACUGAGUCAUUUUUCUUUUGUACAUCCCUUGUGAGGAACUUGUUGCUCGGGGUUCCGGAAACCACCCUCAGAGUUGUCUUUGUCCUCAUUUGUAAAAGUACAGCAGCUGACAGCAGCUUGUGCGAAGGAAGGGGUGCUUCCUAGUACGCUUGUUCUGGUUCCUGUAACUGAGUUAUAGUGGCCCUCAGUAACAAGAUAGAGUCAGUAUGAUGUCUCGGAGGAGAUCUGAAAAAUGUCAGACAGGGCUGCUGUCCGAUAUUCGGACCCAGUUUAGUUCCGACCCCUUUGAAAAUCGAUACACGCUCACGUCAAAAGAGCUGGGCAGGGGAAAAUUUGCUGUGGUUAAGAAAUGCAUUGAAAAAUCUACAGGAAAUGAAUAUGCAGCCAAGUUUUUAAAGAAAAGGAGACGAGGCCAGGACUGCAGAGCAGAAAUUAUCCAUGAAAUAGGCGUGCUCGAUUUAGCAAAAUCUAAUUCGCGUGUGAUUGAUCUUCAUGAGGUAUAUGAAUCUACAAAUGAAAUCAUCUUGGUAUUAGAAUAUGCUGCUGGUGGUGAGCUGUUUAACAAAUGUGUUGAUAGGGAUGAUAGUUUUACGGAAAAUGAUGUCUGCAGGUUUCUUCGACAAAUACUUGAAGGCGUUCUCUUUCUACAUCGCAAUGGAAUUGUGCAUCUGGAUUUAAAGCCCCAGAAUAUCCUCCUUACUGACUUAACACCUGAUGCAGAAAUAAAAAUUGUAGAUUUUGGACUGUCUCGACGAGUGGUAGAUGGAAGUGAAUUAAGAGAAAUUAUGGGUACUCCAGAGUAUGUGGCACCUGAAAUAUUGAAUUAUGAACCUAUUAGCACUGCAACGGACAUGUGGAGUAUUGGAGUGAUGGCCUACAUGAUGCUGACAGGUGAAUCCCCUUUUUUAGGAGAAGACAAGCAAGAAACCUACCUUAAUGUGUCCCAGGUCAAUGUCGACUAUUCAGAAGAAACAUUCACUGGAUUAUCACAGCUAUCGAUCAACUUUCUCAAGACUGUUCUUGUUAAAAAUCCAGAGGAAAGGGCUACAGCUGAAGCAUGUUUAUUUCAUCCAUGGCUGCAGGAGGGUGACUUUAUGAUGACCCCCUGCACAGACAAGAGUGCGCACAUUUUCCAGUUCGGAGAACAAAUUAAUACAGCAGAAGAGAGAAUUGUACCGAGGAGUUUUUCACAUGGACUAUCUUACAGAGAAAAUAGAGAAAGCUAUCUUGAUGACUCUGGCAUAGAAGCUAAAAGGUUUCGGUUUGAUGAUUCAUUUCAGCAUCCUGAAGUUAUUGGAGAUUUGGUUUACUAGAAACAGCCAGUAUAUCCGUUUGCAAUUUGCAGGGAAAAAGGGGAUGCAUUUAUGUUUGUCCUUAUGGUACUGUAUACAUGGCUAUAAAGCUAAUUUUUUUGUAAAAUCAGCUGGAAAUUGUUUAGCUUAUUGGCAGCUGAGAAAACUUGAUAAAGCACUGAGAAUCUGCACUUUCAAAAUGCUGAAUCAGCCUUUGAAGUCCGAUAUUUGCACUUUCAAAAAAAAAAUCUAUGUAUAUGGAUAUGUUUAAAACUUGAGUCUAACAUGUAGACUGCCAUUGAUUUAAAAAUGAAUGGAAUAAUUUGAACUUCAAAGAAUAAAUAUUAUGUCUUAAUUAUUUGUUAGCUAAAAUAUGCUAACUUAAAAGAGGGAACAUACUUGUAAGUAGUUUUACAUAGUGGCCUAAUUUAGAAUUUAUCAUUAAGGUUUGUGAAUGAAUUAUGACCAUCCACCUCAGGCUACUGCUUCUCUUGUAAAUACCAUUAUUUUUUAAAGUGUUUAAAAAGGUUUCAGAUUUUCCUUUCCUUCAAGAAGGGUUUACUUUUUUGUGUGUUUGUUUUGUUACUCUAAUUGAAAUGCAUUCUGCAUGCAACUUCAUGGUAUCACAUGUUGCUCCACCUGUUUAAGAAUGGCAUUUAAUGUUUAACUCCGAUGGCAAGAGCUCUGUUUAAUAAAAUAUCACUUGGAUAUUUUUAUUAAGGAUGGCAUUGCACCUUCUCACUGCUCCUUGUCUGUGUGUAUAGCUCUAGAACUGUUCAGUUGAGAAAGACUAAAAGCUGUAAGUGAGAAAAAGUGGCCAUGGCAAACAAACAGCAGUGUCUAGAAAGGGAAUUUCUCAUAUUACAAAGAUCUACAUUGUCCACAGCACAGAAGAGAUCAUUAACCAUUUUACCAUGCAGGAAAGGGUCAUCCUUCCCUGUUCUGCUGAGCAGAGUGAGGGGUGAUUGCUGGUGGACUCAUUCUGUGCAUUUAUAUAGUUCAGAUUCCUUGACUUGUGUUAUCUAGGGAAGAAAGACGAAAACUCAUCUUUGUUACCCCACAGUGAGUAAAUUGUGUUUUUGACUGUUGGGGACCUUGGCAGUACAAAAAAACUUCCAGUACAAAUCAGUAAGUCUCCCUUAGUCAGUGUAAAAUCCAUGUCCAUGUGAGACCUGGCUACUUAUUUACAUCUCUUGACCAUUCAUUUGGAGUCUCUGGUGUGAUAGAAGCUGCCUGGAAGCCAUGUGCAUAUCUGCAUAUUCUACUUGUGGAAGAGGAAGUAGCUCGUAUUGCUUUAAUCUGCAAGCAAUCCUGGCAUAUCUAGGGCAUUUUUAUGACUUGAGUCUCAGUUAUCCUCUAAUCAAAAUGCGUAUUUCAAGCACUUUGUCACGUCACAACAUUUUUGAGGGCAGUGCUGUAGCCCUUCACUAGAUGGUUAAGCAUUCUCUUAAAUGGCCUCUGCAUAUUCAGUUUUCUUUGAAGAGGAGAUUGUUUCACAAUUA